AUGGGAUUCCUCUCUUGGUUCAACUCAUCCAAAGAACACAAAAUGGAAAACCCGCCCGCCCGCCAACCUCACGGGUCAUCAUCUUGUGCUCCGGAGAUGAACGGAGCAAUGGAGGUCCGACGACCCAACCCGCCCGCCAGCCAACCUCACGGGUCAUCAUCUUGUGCUCCGGAGAUGAACGGAGCAAUGGAGGGCCGACGACCCAACCCACCUUUGGAUGUGGGUGUUAUAGCAUUCGGGUACGGGGACAAAGAGGUACUGUCCGGGUACUGCCCCACAUCCACCCCUAUUGAGCCAUGCACUUGGAAAGUUUAUGCCCCGGUUGACCCGUACCCGCCGAAGAUCCGAAUUGUUUUUUGA